AUGUCGGAACCCGUACCGGUUUCGCCGAGAAAGCCACAGCUGAACCUGCCGGCGCAGGCCUAUAAGCCCGAUUUCUACAACGCCAUAUCCACCAUCAUGCAGCUGCGCGACAGGUAUAUCGAGGAUCGCGUUCUCUUCGUUCCUGGGCGCGAGAUGGCUCGCCUCCUCAAGCAGCUUGGCGCCCGGGACGAAGACUUCUCAUCACUGCAGGCCGUCAGCGACAACCUCGUCGGGGACCCGACCCUUCCCUACCGCAAGACGCGCAACGGCCGCUUCUGCCUCGACUUCGAUGCCGGCACCCUCCACCGCCUCGAGUUCCAGCCUUUCAUCCUCUCAAAGGCCGAGGACUUCAGCCGCUACGACUCGGACAAGGUCCGUCAUUUCGACGAAGUCGAAAACGACCUCCAGCUCAACACCGUCUUCCAGGCCCUCAUGGUCUUCAAGUCCGCCAUCUAUCACGGCGUGCGCUCCUUGCGCCGCCCCAACAUGGACUACGAGACCAACAAGUGGAUUUGCACCCUCUUCUCCGUCCGAACCACCACCACCCCGGAGCGCCUCGGCGAGCCCGCCCUCGAGGGCGUCCACACGGACGGCGUCGACCACACCAUGACUACUUUCCUCGGCUGCCGUAACAUGCGGCCCGAAAGUGCUGUAACCUACGUCCACGACAUGAAAGAAGCUACCGGUGUUCGCUACACCGAAGCCUCCCCCGACCACAUCAAGGGUUGCGUCCACCACCGCCAUUUCCUCGACACCAUGAUUGUCGUCGACAGUGAACGCAAGCACAGCCUGUCGCCUGUAUACGCAGUCGAUCCCAACCGACCGGCUACCCGGGAUAUGCUCGUGUUCUUCAGCCGGAAGCCCACUGUCGCCGGCCACGUGUCUGCAGACAUGGAUUCUCUGACACCCCAUUUGAACUUGCCCAUGGAAAUACCCGUUUUCGUCCCUUUUUGGCCCCGUGGCCCUGCAGGAACACGCGUGUGA